AUGUACGGCACACUGAGCUCGAGUGCCAGUGGCAGCCGCUCGCGCGCCGCUCAGACGCCGCCGCCGCCGUCGCUCUCGCCCUUCCGCUACCACGUGCAGCCGAACGAUACGCUGGCGACGGUCGCGCACAAGACACAGACGACGGAAGAGGCGCUCCUGGCACUCAAUCCGCUGCUGGGGCGCAAGAAGAAGCACGUCAAGCUGUACCCAGGUCAGGAGCUCAUCGUGGAAGAGGCACGUGCCGUCUCGUUGCCGCCGCCACCCGACUCGAUCGACUAUGGAUGGGGUCAGAUGCAUCUCGUUCGGUCGGGCGAGACGUUGCGCGGCAUUGCGGCGCUCUACAACACGACGGAAGAGAUUCUGCGGCAGGACAACCGCCGGUACUUCCCUCCGGGCGAGCGCAGUCACUUGUGUCCCGGUCAGUUGCUACACGUGCGGCUGAUGAACACGGGCGAGAUGGAGACAAGUGACGCUCUUGGCAGUCGAGACAAUGGCGUGGAGAGCCAUACCGUGGGGCAACAGGAUGUCACGUACGUGGGCUCAUCGGCCGCUUUUGCGCGGUACAAAACCCACGAAGUCACCUCGAAGGACACGUUCACGUCCAUUUGCGAGAUGUACAGUAUCCCGUAUGCUCACUUCUUGCAGAUCAAUCGCGGCCGCUACCCCGUCGGUCGACGCGCUGAACUAGUGCCUGGUGAGCGCGUGAUUGUGCCGGAUCUGUUGGCGGCACAACAAGCAGCAAGCACUAGUCGGCGCAACAUUGCAGAAGUGAUACUCACUAAGCAGAUUCACGUCGUGCAACCCGGUGAGACUCCUGAAGGACUGGCGAGGCUCUAUGGUAUGACGUACGACGACAUGCGCGAGUAUAAUCGCGCAUACUUUCCGAAAGGAUACAGCGGCGAGAUCCGACCGGGCUACAAGCUAGUGGUCAAGCGAGUCGACAGGGGCGUCACAGGCUCGCCACAGCAGUCCCAACAUGACGGGUAG